AUGCCAUCCUACAACGAAGCCCUAGAUCUUCUCAUCACCGAAGCACAACAUGCACCACCAACAACAGAGACAGUACCGCUAUGUGACGCCCUCAAUUGCAUCUCGAAGUGCGAGUACCGCAGCCCCUCCUCAACACCCAAGCAUGACACAUCCGCCAUGGACGGCUACGCAUUGAACGCCGCCGCUACACGAACAGCUUCCCCCUCCACUCCAAUCAUCUUCCACGUCGCAGGCACAAUGGCUGCCAGCGACGCACCAAUGGUCAUCUCCGGCGAACCCGAUUCGGAUGCUUCGGUGUAUCCGUGCGUGGAGAUCAUGACUGGCGCAAGAUUUCCCGAGGCUAUUGAGGGUGAUCAUAGACCGUUCGAUGCGUGCGUGAAAUUAGAGGACGUGGACGUUUUAGUAGGAAGGGGAGAGAGGCCAUCGGGAAAUCGAUAUAUACAGGUUGUCAAGCCGGUGGACGCAAACCAGAAUCGGAGGGUGGCGGGGCGUGAUUUUUCAGAAGGGGAUACUGUGGUUAAGGCUGGGACAAGGAUAAAACCCAGACAUGUCAUGGCGUUGGCGGCUGUCGGAGUUAGAGAGGUUGAGGUGGUGAGGAUAAAGGUUGGGGUGUUUUCCACAGGAAAUGAGUUGUCAGCGGAUGCACGAAGUCGGGUCCAGGAUGUUAAUGGGCCAUAUGUUACGGCUUGUUUGCGGGAUUGGGGUAUUGAUGUUGAUUUUCUCGGGGUGUUGGAUGACGGUGCUGAGACGAUGGUAUCGGCAUUGGAAAGUCGUCUGCGCGGGAACAAAUACGAUAUUAUCAUCAGUACUGGGGGGGUCUCGACGGGACGAUUCGAUCUGAUUCCGACUUCAUUAGAGGAUCUUGUUGCGCGGGUCGUCUUUCAUAAGAUCGCUAUUCGGCCUGGACAUCCGGGGCUUUUUGCGAAGAUUCCUAUACCUGAUACAUAUGGACCCGAAACAGCCUUCUUUGGCAUGCCCGGAAACCCCGUCGCCAGCGCUGCUUGCCUCCGCUUCCUCGUCCUGCCUUAUGUUCAGCGUCUGCAAGGCCAGUCACCGGAAUCUGCAUUUAAAGCAACAAUACGACGAGACCACAACGAACCGCAAACAAACGGCGCCAUCAAGCAUGACAUAAACGGAUCCAAAUCACUGAUAUCAACAUGUCCAGCAGACAAAGAUAUCUUCCGUCCGGGCAUAUUGCACCGCCACCCGACAAGCAAAUUAGACGUGGUUCUCAUAAACGACCACAGCCCCAACAAAAUCAAACCGUUUCUUGAAUCCAACUGCUGGAUUCAUGUUCCCCAAGGCGAAUCGGAGCUGCAUGAGGGAGAUAUUGUCGAUGUCUUCCUGAACGAAUGA